AUGGGCGAUAUUCAAGCCGGUCAAAACUUAUAUGUAUUCCUCAUAUCAGGAAUUACAAUAUUUUUCUGUGUAGCACUACAUGUGGUAUACAAGAUUGUAUUCAGUAGCAAGAAAAAGGAAGCACUAAAACAUGAAGUUGAGCCUGAUACAGGAGCUCCCAUCGAAGAGACGAAUUCCGAUGCACCCAUAACUGAAAACCGGACUUUGGGGAAAUCAAAGAAGCGCGCACUCUGGAAAGGAAAAUCCGAAUUCACUCACCCAUGGCUACUCAAGAAUCUCAAGGGACACCCUGGGACCGUGCUUUUAGUAGACUUCUCUGCCAAUGGCAAGUUCAUGGCCGCUACCUGUGAUGGUAAGUUUCCUUAUAUCAUUUGUACUUAA